UUCUUUGUUUUUAUCCUGUUUAGGGUUUGCAGAGCUUCUUGAAUCUGUAAUUUUUAAAAAUCAAAUUUGGAAAUUUUUCAGCCCUUAUUUUAGUCAAAUAUUUUUUUUUCUGCCCAUUUGCUCUCGCCUCUCUUUCUGAAACCUCAAUUACCUGUGUGCUAGACUUCUUGAUAUUGUUCCACAGGUUCCUGAGCCUAUGUUCAUUUUUUUAUUCAAAAAGUUUUCUCUCUGUUCUUCAGGUUGGAUCAUUUCUAUUGCUCUACAUUUAAGUAAAGUGACUCUUCUGUCAUCUCCAAUAUGCUGUUAAGGCCAUCUAGUAAUUUUUAAAAAAUUCAGAAAGAAAAAAAGUUUUUAAAGAUGUCCUGUCAUGUCUGAACAUGGAUAGGAGCAGAAAGCUUCUACCAGAUUUUGUUAAACAAUUCUCCUUAGACCGAGGAUACGCAUGGACACCUGAGACUCCUGGAGAUUUAGCUUGGGAUUUCCUGAUGAAAGUUCAAGCGCUGGAUGUGACGGCCAGAGAUUUGAUUCUUGGGUACAAGGUUCCGAGUGAGGACAGAAAAGGGGAAUUGCUAACCGAAAUGAAGAAUUUGGAACUUAGAGACGUACAGACCAUUAAUCCCCUUGAUGUCCUUUGUGCCACCAUGCUUUGUUCAGAUAGCUCUUUGCAAUGUGAAGUCAUGUCUAACAUGUAUCAGUGCCAGUUUGCUCUUCCCCUGCUACUGCCAGAUGUAGAAAACAACAAAAGCAUCUUCAUGCUGGGGGCUAUGAAGAACAUUGUGAAGAAGCAGUCAGCCCAGUCCUCAGGAGGCCCUGCCGAAGAUACAGAAGACUUUCUGGCUCACAUCAAGAUGCCUGUCAUCUCUUUUGUUCGUUUAGGAUGCUGUAGCUUCUCCAAGUCCAAAAUCCUCAACAAACUGCUCAGGCCUGCCCAAAUGAAAUCACACAAAAUCUUUCUUCAUCAGGAUUCACCUGAUCUGGUGCUUCCCCGGCAAAUCUCUGAUGGCCUGGUUGAGAUAACUUGGUGUUUUCCUGAUGGCGAUGAUCUAAAGGAAAAUCUUAAUUUUUUUCAAAAGCCUGUUGCUGUGGCUAACCUUCAUGGAGACCUAGAAUAUCUUUGGAUACAGUUUGGUUUUUUGAUGGAAGUUUCCUCAGCUGUGUUUAUUUUCACUGACUACCUAGGUGAGAAGGAAUGGAGCCUGCUGAGGUUUUUAGGAGAAGCUGCCAUUAAAAGAUGCUACUUUGCCCUCAGUCCCCAGGCCAGGGAGAAUGAAGAGGCUCAGAUUUUUCAGAGGAUCAUGGAAUUGAAGCCAUCACAGCUACUGUAUUUAGAAGGAGAGGAAGCUGGGGAUAGAAGGAAGGACACGGAGUGCCUUCAAGCUGCCCUCCAGGAAGUGAUGUGCUCUUCACUCAAAUGUGUGUCCAUGGAGGACAUGGCCUCUCUGGCCGGGGAGUUGGGGAUCCAGGUAGACAAAGAGUGUGAGAACACUCAAGGAAUUCAAGUUUCUUCUAGUGAAAACAUGGCUGGAACAGCUGAAAGUGUGGGACAACAAAGACAUAGUAAGCCAAAAACCCCAGCUCAGAUGCCUACAAGAGAUUCUGGGGUUAUAUGUGGGGUCAGCCAGAAUCCUGAGAAUAUCUACUCCACCCCAGUUUUCAUGUCUCCUCCACAAAACUCCUGGCCUUUACCAUCUAGCAUUGGAGGUAACUUUAACCAGGCUUCCUCGAAACCCCCCUGGCUUAUGGGCUCCCCCUUUUGGCCAGAGCAGAGGUGUAAGUGGUUGCAUCCUUUGGCCUUACAUAAUACAAGGGCCCAUAGUCAAGGUAAGAGUUUUGGUCUCCAAUACUUCCAACCCCAGAGAUUUUAUUCAGGUGAAAGAUUCAUGAAAUUUUCGAGAACUGCUCAGGGAUUUCACUGGAAUGGAAGGUUUGGGAGGCCACCAAGACCUAUCUCUCAGCAUGCACAGGCCUGGCCUAAAAGACCAAAAACAAUUGGAGCUUUUGAAAAGUCUGGGGCAGUGGUCUCCCAGGUAGGUUACUUCUAUCCCCUGGGCUCACAGCCAGCAGAAAGACUUGGAAGGCCACAACCUGGGCCAGCCUGUGCUCAGGGAAUACAGCUAGCUGCAGGAACUGGAAAACUAAUGAGAACAACUUCCCAUAUAGAAGAUCCUUAUCAUCAAGGCUUUCAACCAACAGGAACUAUGCAAAAGCCCAUAAGACCUGCCUCUCAGAAAGCAGCCCAGCAGAAGAUGCAGAGUAGGCCUUCAAAUCCAGCUUUCCAAACACGACCCCAUCCUAUGUCCAACAGCAAGCUUUUACCCAGCUCUCAGUCCAAAUCCAAUCAGCCCAAGCACUCAGAGCCUCAGCCCUUCCAACAUGUGUUCUCUCAACCCAAGCCUACUCAAAUAAAACCCACUCAGCCCCAGCCCUCCCAACCUAAAGCCCCCCAUUCCAAACCCAGUCAGCCCAAGCCUUCCCAACCUAACGCUUCCCAGUCCAAACCCACUCAGCCUAAGCGCUCUCAACCUAAGUCAUCCUGGGCCAGUCCUUCACAGGCCAAGAUAUACUACCCAAGAGCAGGUUCCAAAAGAGCAGGGAAGCAUUAAAGUGUUUACGCCAGGGACCUAUGAAGCGUAGCCUUUACCUGGGUCAUUCCUAUCAUGUAGUAACCGAAAGAAUUUCAGUGAUGGUAAAAGACUGCUGUCUUUAGCAUGACACAGAAAGAAAGAUACGCAAAGCUUGAUUGGAUAUCAUUAAAAUACCUGUAACUGACAGGGAUAAUAUGAAGAAAUUAAGAAUAGAAUCAAGCAGUAAAUAAGUUAGUUCAAUCCAACCUUGAGUAUUAGGUAAUGUGUAGGUUGAAUCCAGGGAUGGGGGCUGUGAGACAACCUCAUUUGAAGGAGAAUGGAUUUAAAGGAGCUCUGGUGGCGCAGUGGUUAAGAGCUUUGCUGUUAAACCAAAUGUUGGCAGUUCAAAUCCACCAGCUGCCCCUUGGAAACUCUAUGCGGCGUUUCUACUCUGUCCUGUAGGGUCACUAUGAGUUGGAAUCGACUCAGUGGCAACGGGUUUGGUUUAUUUUUGGUGUAGUUGCUGAGUGAGGAGUCCCUGGGUGGCACAAAUGGUUAUGUGCUCAACUAGUAGUGUAAAGGUGUUGGCACUUCAAACCCAGCCAGUGGCGCCUUGGAAAACAGAUCUGGCAAUCUGCUUCUGAAAGAUGAAGAGCCUUGCAAACCCUUUGGAGCAGUUCUACUCUGCACAUAUGGGGUUGCCAUGAGUUGUAAUCGACUUGACAGCAACUAACGACAAUAACAAUAGUUGCAGAAACAAAAAAUACCUCGGCCGUCGAGUCAAUUCUGACUCAUAGCGACCCUAUAGGACACAGUAGAACUGCCUCGUAGAGUUUCCAAGGAGCGCCUGGUGAUUCAAACCACCAACCUUUUGGUUAGCAGCCAUAGCUCUUAACCGCUACACCACCAGGGUUUCCAAUAGUUGCACAGUGACCAUAAAAUCGGGCUCAAAUGGCCACAGCAUUGCAAGAAAAAUUGCCCUAGAUAUUUGCUAUUCCAGAGGCACCUUGGUCAAAAGUUUCUGGUCCAACAUCAGCCUGCUGAAUAGAUAACCCUGUUUAUCUUGGGUAGUUAUAUCAACUUUCUUGGUAUAGUAACCUCAAUUUGUUGAGAUGAUAAAACUCUCUUACAUAUAAAAGUAAUGAACUAAAAACCAAUAAAAUUAAUUCAUUUGUAUUAAAAUAUUUGUAAUAUUUAAGAAAUUUAGCUUAUUAGACGACCAAAUAUAUUAGUCUUAUGAUUCAAAUUUAAAAUAUAUAAUUGAGUUUUAAACUUUAGAGUUGCAAUUUUUUAAGUUGAAAGGAUUAAGAUAAGUUUACAAAAUUUGAAAAAGUAUUGAAAUGUUUAAGAUAAUUUAAGAUUCACUGAAUUUGUAAUGUUAACUUAUUAUAUUCAUUAUUCUAAGUAUUUGAUUAAGUUCUGAUAAUUGGAAGCAUUAAGUUAUAUGACUAUAUUAAAUUUGUAAACACCAUUUAAAAUACAUUGGUUUCUCGGUGAACAUGGGGGACUGGUUCUAGGAAUCCCUGCAGAUACCAAAAUCCUCAGAUGCUCAAGUCCCUUGUAUAAGAUGGCAUAGUAUUUGAAGUAGAAUGGGGCAGUAGGAUUGGAGGAAGAUUCAUUAACCUGCGUUAUGCAGAUAACAUAACCUUGUGUGCUUAAAGUGAAGAGGACUUGAAGCACUUACUGAUGAAGAUCAAAGACCACAGCCUUCA